ACUUAAUCUCAAAAAUUCGCUACACUUGGUCUCAUCUUUUGCCCUGCAAGUAAUAAUGUUCUGCUUGACCUGCAAAGGGUCCCUGUCCGUCAACGUGCUUCUGUUGCUGUUGCCAAUUGCCUUGAUGCUCUCAGCCUUCGUUCCGGUGCCUUCUGUUGCCUUCUCAGAACCAGAACCACAACCAUCGCCGUCUGCUACUCCAUCACAGACCUCGGAAGAUUGCAUGGAUGAUGGCCGACUCGUCGACAGUGCAUUGGGUGGUGUUAUGAUCGCUCUUAUCCUCAUUCUGACUUGGCAUAUCAUUCGUCUAUGUUGCUGCAAACAAAAGCCGGUUCAAUAUCCACCGCCAGCACCGCCGAUGGCUAGCAAUGUUGCAACCACUUCUGUCCGCUCCAGCACUUCUGUCCGCUCCAAUACUUCUGCCCGCGCCGGGGCCAGUGUUCGUCCAGCCGCAUCUGAACGCGUCCGGGAAAGCACACAGAGGAGCAAAACCGAGUCUGUGAGGAGCAGAACCGAAUCGCAAAAGAAGGCUCUUGGAUCUGCCGGCACUGGAACUAAAGGCACUACUUCUAGCUCUAUGCGCAACACUGGUAGCACAAGAUAG